UAAUGCAGCAUGGGCGAAAAUACCAGACCCAAAAGCUACAGCCGAGGAAGCAGACCGCUCUACUGUUAACGAUUUUGGACGAUUGAACUGAAAGUGAUGUUCCAACAAUGCCGAUAGUGGAUAAACUCAAAGAGGCGUUAAAGCCUGGUCGAAAGGAGACGGGGGAUGAGGGGGACCUCAACAAACUGUUGGCCUCUUCUGCCAAGAAGGUCCUCUUGCAGAAGAUCGAGUUUGAGCCUGCCAGCAAGGGUUUCUCAUAUCAACUGGACAGCCUGAAGAACAAGUAUGUUAUCCUCAAUCCCCGCAACGAGGGCGCUACGGGCCAGAAGGCCUCAGAGCCGGCCUCGAUAAAGAGGCAAGUCUCAGAGAACUCAGGUGGGGGCCAGAGCGACGGGAUCUCUGCCCCACAGAAGAUGCUCUUUCCAGGGAGUAAGCUCACCCUUAAAUGGGAGCGUGUGUACAGGGUGGGAGCCGGUCUCCACAACCUGGGAAACACCUGCUUCCUCAACUCCACAGUGCAGUGUCUCACCUACACCCCGCCACUUGCCAACUACUUACUCUCAAAGGAGCACAGCCGUGCCUGUCACCAGCCAGGCUUUUGUAUGAUCUGUAUAAUGCAGAACCAUAUCAUUCAAGCCUUUGCCAACACAGGCAAUGCCAUCAAGCCCGUCUCCUUCAUCAGAGACCUGAAAAAAAUUGCCAGACAUUUUCGCUUUGGAAGCCAAGAGGAUGCUCACGAAUUUUUGCGGUACACCAUCGACGCCAUGCAGAAAGCCUGUCUCAAUGGCUACCCCAAGCUCGACAGGCAGACCCAGGCCACAACCCUGGUCCACCAGAUCUUUGGAGGUUACCUCAGAUCAAGAGUGAAAUGCUCUAUUUGUAAAAGUGUGUCCGACACGUAUGACCCUUACCUGGACAUCGCUGUAGAGAUUCGGCAAGCAGCAAACAUUGUUCGUGCCCUUGAACUGUUUGUUAAACCAGACGUACUAUGUGGAGAGAAUGCCUACAUGUGUGCCAAGUGCAAAAAGAAGGUUCCGGCGACCAAGCGCUUCACAAUCCAUCGACCAUCUAACGUGCUGACCGUUUCUCUGAAGAGGUUUGCCAACUUCAGCGGCGGGAAAAUAACAAAGGAUGUUGGGUACCCAGAGUUCCUGAACAUCCGCCCCUACAUGUCUCAGAGCUCAGGCGACCCUGUGAUGUACGGCCUCUACGCGGUGCUGGUGCACUCCGGCUACAGUUGUCACGCUGGCCACUAUUACUGCUAUGUCAAGGUGAGCUGGGCAGAG